AUGACAGAACAAAGCACAGAAGGACCAAUUGAUAACGAAAACCUGCUAGACCAGUCGUUAUCGCUGACUUUGGAUCCCGAAUACGAACAAGAGAUGUCUGACCUUUACAAUCCGAUCCGGUCAACCGGGUACAUCAUGCUGCUGACGUUGAUUGUCGGAGCCCUACAACUGGCCUGGUCUACGGAAUUCAGCGAAGCCACACCAUUUUUGUUGUCGUUGGGGGUUUCGAAACACUCUUUGGCGCUUAUUUGGCUUGCUGGCCCGCUCUCGGGCACUUUUGGCCAGCCAAUUGUGGGUCUUUUGAGCGAUCAAUGUAACGUCAAUUGGGGUAGAAGAAGACCGUUUAUCAUGGGUGGUUGCUUAGCAACAAUCGUGUCUCUGCUGUAUUUGUCACAUUCCACAAACAUCAUUGGCUGGUUCGUCAAGGAUAAGGACCCGGACGUGAUCAACGGGUACACGGUCCCGUUUGCCGCAGCCGGAAUAUACGUGCUGGAUUUCUCCAUAGCCGUGAUCCAGGCCUCAUGCCGUGCCUUGAUCGUCGACGUGGUUCCGAGCGUCCAGCAACAGAUCGCCAACGCCUGGGCUGCGCGUAUGAUCGGCGGGUUCAACAUUGUUGGCUUCUGGCUCGGAACUUUGGAACUGAGCUCGCUGUUCCCCUGGCUCGGGAAUUCUCAGUUUAAAGUGCUCAGUUGGCUCGUGGCCAUCAUCAUGCUCGCAUUGACCUCCAUUUCGGUGUUUGUGAUCAAGGAAAAGAACCCGCGCUACGACGUGGCCAUCCGGCUCGAGCGCAAAAAGACAGAACGCAGACUCAAGGACAUGGGCGUGGACCAGGAACAUGCCACCAUUUUCACCGCAGUCAAGUCGUUCUUCUGGCAGGUUCUGCGGUCGAUCAGACGACUGCCACAGCAGGUCAAGAUCGUGUGCUAUGCCGAGUUUUUCGCCUGGAUCGGCUACUUCCCCAUGCUUUUCUACACCUCCACCUACGUUGGUGAACUGUAUCUUUACGAAAACGGGUAUAACAACCCGUUGAACCUGCCUCCGGACGAACGACAAAAGCUGCUCGACGAAGGAGUUCGCCGCGGGACUCUCGCGCUGCUGGUGCACGCCGUUGUGACGCUCGCCGUGGACCUUGUGCUGCCGACCUUGGUGGAAAAACUGAAAAACCACCGGUUCAUCAACAUGCGCCAGCUGUGGAUCUACUCGCACGUGGUGUUUAUCGUGUCUACGCUCUCCACGUUCUUCAUCUCGACCUCGGUCCAGGCAAUCGUGCUGUUCGGCUUUUUGGGCAUUCCUUGGGGCUGUGCGGUGUGGAUUCCGUUUGCGCUGAUCAGCGAGGAGAUUGCAAGAAUCAAGGACAUUAAAGCUAUUCAAAUCUACGACGAACAACGCAAGCAAAACAGACCAGUUUCCGCCGACUCGGACCGAACUUUGUUCGACCCAGACUCCGAUUUCUACACGUCGCGGAUCAUGGUGGCCAAAUACGACCAUGUGGUGUAUGACUCGGGAAUUCUGCUGGCGAUCCACAACGUCUUUGUCUCGGCACCGCAGAUGGUUUCGUCGUUGGGCUCAUCGCUGGUGUUCAAACUGUUCCAGAGCGACGAUAAAGACGCCUUUGACAACUCGCUCGGCUGGAUCUUCAGACUCGGCGGAAUCAUCUGCAUCGGGGCGCUGAUUCUCAGCUACCAGGUGAAAACCAACACACAGCUCUACAACGAAGAUAAAGAAGAAUCCUUGACAUUGGUGGAAUGA